UUUUUUUGGAUGACGUCCAGACUUUUAAGCUUCCGCGACUUGGGCCCGAGUUGAGGAGAAAAAGGCUGUAUCGGCCAUUUUCGAUUACGAAGCUACCGACACAACUCCGAACGAGGAAUCCCCACCAAUCCACAAUCUGCGCAGGCUCGGCACGAACAAUACCUACUUCCACCGAACACCGGAAAGAUGGCCUGCCAAAGCUGCCGCUACCAGGCGAGACUCCUGGCCCGGAGCUUGCGAGCCACCGCCGACCUCGCCUCGCCCUGGAACCCUUUCGCUGCUACGGCGCGCCGGGUGACUCCAGUGGCCAAGGCGACCUCCACGACACCAACCCCUCCGUCAAGGAGAUGCUUUAGCCAGACAACGACGCGGCGGAAUGGGUCGCCGUCGUCCGCAUUCAAGCAGGCCAUCGCGUCGGGCAUUGGGGCCGCCGCGCCAAAGACCAUGGCGGCGGCCCUGACGACCUCCCGCCUCGAGGCGCUCUACAAGAUCUGCUCGGCACCAGCGCUGUACCAGAUCCCGGAGCAAGAGCGCACCAACGACACGGUUCGCAUGACGACUGAGGGCGAGGAGAUAGGGUACCCGAUCGGACCGUGGCUGCAAUGCUUGGACCUUCAACCCUCCUUCAGCUCGUGGUCCCAGGCCACGAUGUUGCACAUGUACACCGUUAUCGCGCGCAUGCGAUGCCUGGACCGCGACACCUCCCGUAACCUGCAGCACCAGUUCAUCGACCAGUUCUUCUUCGACUGCGAGCGCAUGAUGCACCUGAACCACGGCAUGAGCUCGUCGGCGCUGCGCCAGCGGUACCUCAAGGAGAUAUUCGUCCAGUGGCGCGGCCUCAUCGCCGCCUACGAUGAGGGUGUGGUCAAGGACGACCGCGUGCUCGCCGCCGCCAUCUGGCGCAACUUGUUCAAGUCCCGCGAGGAUGCUGACAUGCGCCAGGUUGCUGCUGUCGUCGCCUGGCUGCGCGCCACAAUGCAGGACCUCGAGGCAGCCCCUGCCGAGGACCUGCUCGUGGCACCGGCCAAGGUCUUCAAGAGGGACAUCAGGGAAAUGUUCAAUCUCGUCGACGCUGUUACGCCGCAGGUCCAGGCGGACCUAGCUAAGGCCGGCGUUGUCCAAGGGGAGGCCGUAGCCAAGGCCUGAGAUUUGACAGCAAUUCUGGCUGGCUGGGACAGAGACCGCCCGAGCAAGGCUUCUGGGAGGGAGGGAGGGGGGACU